UUUCCUGGUAAACCAUGGAUUUCCAACUAAGUCACGGAAAUGUAGUUUUGUUAAUUAAUUUAAUUAUUUGUGUUGUUGGUCACGGUAAAAAGAACCCUAUUCCAAAAGUGUUAAUGAUAUCUUUUGAUGGUUUUCGAUGGGACUUUCUUCAACGACAUGGAUUGAAAAACUUUGAAAAAAUUAUUAAACAUGGUGUUUAUGCCAAAAGUGGCUUAACAAAUGCAUUUAUAACAAAAACAUUUCCUAAUCAUUAUACUCUUGUUACAGGUCUUUGGGAAGAAAGUCAUGGUAUUGUAGGAAAUAAAAUGUAUGAUCCUUUCCUGAAUCAGACAUUUGACAAAAAAAAUAUUUCUCAGCAGAGGGAUCCAGCAUGGUUUGAUGAUGGAGGAGAACCCAUCUGGGUUACAAACCAGUUACAAUACACUACACACAGAAGUGGUGUCAUUAUGUGGCCAGGAGAAUCGGCACCUGUGAAAGGUGUAUUGCCAACAAGAUAUAUGCCUUAACCGAAUGUUAAAAAUGAAACAAGAAUAGACGAAAUGAUUCAAUGGUUUACUAUGCCAUAUCCUAUUAAUUUAGGGCUUUUGUAUUUCGAAGAGCCAGAUCAAAUAGAACACCAGUUUGGACCAAUGACCCCUGAAGUGGACAGAAUGAUAAAGGCAUUAGAUGAGUUGACUGGAUAUCUUCUUGAUGAACUUGAAAAAAACAAUCUAUUGGGUGAAGUAGACAUCAUUAUUACAAGUGAUCAUGGUUUUGCAUCCACACCAUCUGAUAAAGUUAUUAAUCUUGACGAUAUCAUUGAUGCGACCUCGUAUGAAAUCUUUCAAAGUAAUCCUGUUGCCAACAUACUUCCUAAUGCAGGAAAAGAGGAUGAAAUAUAUAGUGCCUUGAAGAAAGCCUCAACAACUAAACAUUUUAAAGUGUUUAAGAAAGAAGACAUUCCAGAACAUUUUCACUACAAGAACAACAGACGCAUUCAACCUAUUCUCAUUGUUACUGAUGAACACUAUUCUAUAUCAUACAAUAAUUCACCAACCCCACUUGGUAACCAUGGCUGGGACAACAGUUUACAUGACAUGCAUCCGAUUUUCAUAGCCAUGGGGCCCUCAUUCAAGUCCAACCAUGUGGUGGAUACAUUCUACAGUGUGGACAUCUACCCUCUGUUAUGUCAUCUCCUUCAUCUGGAACCAGCACCAAACAACGGAUCUUUCGACCGUGUUAAAGAUCUACUCAAGGAUAGCAAAGAGACUCCCACCACGUGGGCAACUUUUGGAACUUAUAUAUUUGUACUAGUCAUCAUAGCACUAGUUGGUGGAGUGUACAUGGUCGCUGCUUGCAGAGUUCAUCGCUAUAUGAAGCGUAAACAGAUGUACAACAUGGCAAGCCUAUCCACCUCUUUAAAACCCGGCAAUGGCGCAAAACUUCCUCUACUCUCUGAUUCAGAAGAAGACUUUCCUUAGAAUUUUAUGAAAAUUGAAUAUGGGUCAUAUCUGUGAUGGAAAUUGUGGAGUGUUAGGUAUUGUGAUGGUUGGGUAUUGAUUUUACUUAUCUGAUGAUGGCAACCAGAGGCGGAUCUAGGGGCCCCCCCUAAAUUUAGCGAUAGUUAUAAUUUUAUUAUAUAUUAAUUUUCUUUUCUUUUUUUACGAUCCCUCUCCAAACCUCCCCCAAAGUUCCCUUGGCAUUCCACCUCAUGUCACUGCCCCCCCCCCCCCCCCCCAAAUGGAUUUUCUGGAUCCGCCACUGGCAACAUUUUCCUUUACAUAUUACAUUUUUACAUUGAGCUCUUUUUUUCUCUCAGAAACCAUAAGUGCUAAGUGAAUAAAACUUCAUAUGCCCACCAUGUAUAAAGGAUUGUCACCAAGUUAACUAACGUUACAUAUUUUAAAGGUAAUUAUUUUAUGCUUCGGUAUUAAUGCAUAAGUUUAGUUUGCACAAGAAUAUACCCCAUGGUAACGGACUAACAGUAAAGCAGUAAGCUCUUGUACUCCACGAACAAGUGCAAUAAAUAAGAAGUAAAAACAACAAGUUAUGUUAGAUAUGUAUAUAUGUAUGCCCUUCUAAUCAUCGUUUUAACAGAGUGUUCAAACCCAGUGAUAUUAUGUAUGAGCAUAUCAAAAUGUCAGCCUUUAAUAUUAGUAACACUGCUAGAACAUAAUUUUACUUACCCAACACCAGUUUAAUAUGUAUGUUUCUAAUUCCUGUGUUAAUGAUGACCUAUUUUAGCAGUUUUGUGUUUGGUUUUAGUAUAGUAUGGAAACCCAUUAGUACUUAGUAUUUGAACGGAAAUUAGCCCAUGUCUGAAUAAGCCCCCCUCCGUUUUGAUAGCAUUUAAGAAAUUAGGCCCUCAUUCGUAAAUAAGCCCACCCCCAACUUCGUCACCUUAUAAAUAA